AUGCUAAAUUUCAGCCUGUCGGGUUCUCCUUUCCAAGCUUCUUAUACAAUAAACUACACUUUCCUGAACUGUUCUUCAGACCGGAUGGAUUAUGCUUCAUAUCAGUUUGUACCAUUGUCUUGCCUUAAUGGGGAAAACCACUCGGUUUUUGCCCUGAAUUUGAGUUCAUCAGAUCAAGGAGUGCCAGCUUCCUGCCGAAGAAUUAUGAACGUUUCGGUUCUGCAAUACCAGCAGUUGGUGGGUCUCCAAGAAGAUCUCCUGCUGAUAUGGAAAGAACCUGGAUGUGGGGAUCGUGAAUCUCAGGAUAGCAUUGGUAGGUUCAAGAAUGAUACUCGGAGCUCGAGUCCUCCUAAUCGUGGUAAGUUCAUUCCCUCUACUACGGAAUCCUCAAGGAACAAAAUUACACAGUACUAG